AUGGAGUCACCGUCGCCACAAAAGCGCAUUCAUCGCCAGCUGAGUGGAGCUGAAAUGUGUGGAAUCAUGCAAGGAGGAUUGUGUCGCUUUGCAGAGUUAACACCUGGACAAUUUGGAUUGACAAAGCAGCUGGUUUUGCGGCUAGCAUUACCACACGUCACUCUUCUCCUUGUCUCAUUUCUCUAUGCUGCCUUUGGUGGAUGGGUUCUGACCAUCAUCAAAUACAACGACCAAACCACACAUGAUGCUGAACUGCUCGAAACCUUCAAAAGCACUAAAGCUGACUUCACUCGAUUCGUCAGCUCGGUCAACACAUCGCGCAGCCCUGUGUUGGAGCAAAGAUUUGAUAAAUACGUCACGGAUCUCUAUGACGUGUACUCAAGAAAUCCUUUUCCAUGGAGUCGCAAUUUUACGGGUAUGAUGUAUAACCAUCCGUUGUCAAAUGUAACAUGGAAUCUAUUCUUUGCUGCCACAACGUUGACAUCUAUAGGAUAUGGCACAGAUGCGCCGGAUUCCUAUACUGGAAGAGUUUUUUGCCUUGUCUAUUUGUUUUUCGGCAUUCCGCUGUAUCUGAUCACUUUAGCUGAUCUUGCCAAAUUCUGCACCGAAUUCAUGAAUAAGUUAUACAUAGAUAUAAUAAAGUGCAAACACCGCUUGAGAAGAAAAUAUAGACGCUGGAAAUCUGGUCGUUCACGACGAAAUUCGGUCAAAGUUGGACAGUUAAUCAUUGCUGGCGGGGAAGACGAAGUGGCAGAAUUUCUAUGGACGCAUUUGGAGCACGCUCAAUUUAUCGAAAUCCCUUUCUUUCUCAUUAUAGGAAUUUUUCUCAUUUACAUCGCAUUCGCAUCAUACAUUAUUGCUGCAGUUGAGGGUUGGCCAGUAUCGGACGGUUUUUAUUUCAUGAUGAUUAGUGUGCUAACGAUCGGUUUUGGAGAUCUCGUUCCACGUAACGAAACUUUCAUACUGCUGGUUUUACUAUUGGUCUUGAUUGGUUUAGUACUUACAACAACAUGUGUGGAUAUUGUUGGAGCAUACUACAUCGAUAGGCUGCAUUUCUUUGGUAGAAGACUGGACGAUGAUCCCCUUUCCUGGCUAAAGGAAGUUCAACAAAGGCGGAUAGAAGCGAUGAAGCGAGAAGCGAUGCGAAAGCUAUUUGAGACAGUCACUGCCCUGCAUCAUAUUCGUUUAACGGCUCUCAAACAUCUCACACAAGCAUCGCAACCACAACCAGAACCUCCCGAAUGUCCUCGCAAUCUUGUCGCGUCUCAUGCCACAGCCGACUCGGUGCUUCUGAGAUGGAGUCCACCUCUUUAUGUAGACGAAGGCAAACGGUACUGGUACACUCUGACGUACAAGCCGAGGACACCCCAAAGGCGAAAUCAUGUGGUACGAGUGGACUUUAUCAACGAAGAACGGUAUCUGGUGACUGGACUCAAGUCGUUCACUCUCUAUGAGUUUAGUCUGACAACGACCACGCGUUUUGGCAGUAGUAGGGCUGCAAGAGCGCAGGAGUAUACAGAACCAUGUACAGUGCCACAGAAUGUUCGUUUGGAGGCUGUUAGCUGUGAGACAGCAACAGUCUCCUGGCGACCUCCAAAGAUGAAUAAUGGACCAGAGAGUUAUGUGAUUCAAUACACACAAGAACCGGCUCCACAGUUCAGAUAUUGGAGCAGAUACAAAGUCGGCUCUUCUACGAGGUUCACGCUCACGGAUCUACUGCCAGAUACGCGUUACAUUUUGUGCGUUUCCGCUGAGCAUAACUUCGGGCUGGCUGCCAUGUCGAAGUCGAUCCGUUUCCGCACAAGACGAUGGUGGGCUGACGAUGACAGCACAUGCUUGCAGCUACCGUUCACGAAUCGUCGAUUAUCCAUGUCCAGUGUUCUCUCAUCGUUGAGUGCAAUACGAUAA